UACAAUCAAUUCAAAACAAUUCACGAUGAGUUUUCCCCAAAACAAUGAGUGCGAUUUCGUUUUCAAAGUCGUAAUUAUAGGUGCAACUAAUGUCGGUAAAACAUGCUUGGUGAGACAAUUUAUUCACAAAACGUUUGUUGACAAGACAGCGCAGACGAUUGGUGCAGCAUUUGUUUCUAAAAAGAUACAAGCUCUGGGAAAGAGGGUAACGCUAAAUAUAUGGGACACAGCCGGUAGUGAAAGAUAUCAGUCCAUGACUAAGAUGUACUAUAGAGGUGCCCGUGCCGCCAUUUUAUGUUACGAUCUGACAGAUAAAUCCAGUUUUGAUAAAAUUAGAUACUGGGUUGGCGAGUUACAGGAGAAUGAGCAGUAUUGCCGAAUGUAUAUAUGUGGAACAAAGAAAGAUUUGAUUGACAAUGAUCCAAAGACGAGGGCGAUAUCUGUUGACGAGGCACAAGUGAUAGCUCAAGACUUACAAACUGAUUGUUUCGAAACCUCGAGUUUAACAGGAGAGAAUGUAGAUGCUGUAUUUCAACGUAUAGGAGAGGAUUAUAUAAGAAACAUGCAUAACUAUCCAGAAAACCAGCCAAAAACACAAGAUAACGGCCAGGAUUCAUUUCACGUACAUCAGAAAGAGAAUACACCGCCCUCUUCGUCAUGUAUGUCGUGUUUUAAAAGGUGAGAAAAGUGAAAGUAGAGGAUGGAACUUUAAAUGUUUUAUUUAUGGAAAUGAAAGAUGUGAAAGAGGAUGUAUUUUUUAAUAGUGUUGUAUGAGAAUGACCAUAAUCAUUAUUAU